AUUUCAAAACGCGCUCUCUCUUCCAGGUUGGGUCGGACCUGAACCCCUAAAAGCCGAACCGCCUCCCGCCCUCGCGCCCGCCACCCUCCUGGAGCUGAGUCGCCGGCGGCGGUGGCGGCUGACUGACCCGGAGUUUCCUCUUUCACUGGAUGGAGCUGAACUUUGGGCGGCCAGAGGAGCGCGGCGGUCGGGGGAUCGCUGCAUGCUGAGCUCUCUUGGAGAGAUCCAGCGGCGGUUCGGGAAUUUUUUGGGGGGCGGGGACCAGCUUCACACCGGCACCAUGUUCCUGACGACCCUGUACUUCGUGCUGCCGCUUCUGGACUUGCUCCUGUCGGCCGAGGUGAGCGGCGGGGACCGCCUGGACUGCGUGAAAGCCAGCGACCAGUGCCUGAAGGAGCAGAGCUGCAGCACCAAGUACCGCACGCUGAGGCAGUGCGUGGCGGGCAAGGAGACCAACUUCAGCCUGGCAUCCGGCCUGGAGGCCAAGGAUGAGUGCCGCAGCGCCAUGGAGGCCCUGAAGCAGAAGUCGCUCUACAACUGCCGCUGCAAGCGGGGUAUGAAGAAGGAGAAGAACUGCCUGCGCAUUUACUGGAGCAUGUACCAGAGCCUGCAGGGAAAUGAUCUGCUGGAGGAUUCCCCAUAUGAACCAGUUAACAGCAGAUUAUCAGAUAUAUUCCGGGUGGUCCCAUUCAUUUCAGAUGUUUUUCAGCAAGUGGAGCACAUUCCCAAGGGGAACAACUGCCUGGACGCGGCCAAGGCCUGCAACCUCGACGACACCUGUAAGAAGUACAGGUCGGCGUACAUCACGCCCUGUACCACCAGCAUGUCCAACGAAGUCUGCAACCGCCGCAAGUGCCACAAGGCCCUGCGGCAGUUCUUCGACAAGGUCCCGGCCAAGCACAGCUACGGCAUGCUCUUCUGCUCCUGCCGGGACAUCGCGUGUACGGAGCGGAGGCGGCAGACCAUCGUGCCCGUGUGCUCCUAUGAAGAGAGGGAGAAGCCCAACUGUCUGAACUUGCAGGACUCCUGCAAGACGAAUUACAUCUGCAGAUCUCGCCUUGCAGAUUUUUUUACCAACUGCCAACCAGAGUCAAGGUCUGUCAGCAGCUGUCUCAAAGAAAACUACGCCGACUGCCUGCUUGCCUACUCGGGGCUUAUUGGCACAGUCAUGACCCCCAACUACAUAGACUCUAGUAGUCUCAGCGUGGCCCCGUGGUGCGACUGCAGCAACAGCGGGAACGACCUGGAAGAGUGCUUGAAAUUUUUGAAUUUCUUCAAGGACAAUACGUGUCUUAAAAAUGCAAUUCAAGCCUUUGGCAAUGGCUCCGAUGUGACCGUGUGGCAGCCGGCCCUCCCGGUACAGACCACCACUGCCACCACCACAGCCUUCCGGGUCAAGAACCAGCCCCCGGGGCCGGCAGCGUCUGAGAAUGAAAUCCCCACUCAUGUUUUACCACCGUGUGCAAAUUUACAGGCACAGAAGCUGAAAUCCAACGUGUCGGGCAGCACACACCUCUGCAUUUCUGAUCAUGAGUUUGAAAAGAAUGGUCUCCCUGGUCCUUCCAGCCACAUAACCACAAAAUCGAUGGCUGCUCCUCCAAGCUGCGGUCUGAGCCCACUGCUGGGUCUGGUGGUAACCACUCUGUCCACCCUGUUCUCUUUAUCUUUGACAGAAACAUCGUAGCUGCAUUUAAGAAAAAAAAAUAUGGACAUGUAAAAAGACAAAAACCAAGUUAUCUGUUUGCUGUCCUCUUGUAUAUCUGAAAUUCCAGUUUUAGGAGCUCGGUUGAGAAACAGUUCCAUCCAACUGGAACUUUUUUUGUUUUUAAGAAAGCUUCUUGUGAUCCUUAGGGGCUUCUGUGGAAAACCUGAUGCAGUGCUACAUUCCAGACUCAAGGCUUUGGGGCAUGCUGUAUUUUAAAGGGACAGUUUGUAAAUUUGCCUGUAAAACAGACUGGGGCCACGUUUUUCAUGAUGAUGAUGGUGACAAUGAUGAUGAUGAUGAUUGUAACAGUUUCAUUCUAGCCUUUACUGGCUAGAGAAGGAUUUAGUAUUUCUAAAGAAUCUUCCAUAUCUCAUGUAAUGGCUUUGAUUUCUGAUGACAUAAACUGUAGCCUGACAUAGAUGCCAAGACUUUUUUGCCACGAAGCAAAAGUUCUCAUCAAGAGUAGACUUUGUGGAUACAAACUUGUACCGAUGUUCACCUUUCUAUAUGUACUAGCAUUUUCCGUGCUAAUGUUUAUAUACUGUAAACAGUUCUACACUCUCCUACAAAACAAAAAACACCUGUCACAUCCAAAUAUAGUAUCUAUCUUUUAGUCAACUAGAGAGGGACAAUGAGUUUGCAACUUCACAGUACCUGGAUCAUUGGACGACACUCUCCUAGGCCUUACCUGAGUGUGAAGCGCUUAAAUUAACAAGAGUCAAAUAUAGCUGAAGUGUCACUCUAAUACUCCUUACCUGAGAUUAUAUGUAGAAAAACAAUUUUACUACUAAAUGAUUUCAACUAUUGGCUUUCUAUAUUUUGAAAGUAAUGAUACCGUUUUCAUUUUUUACUGAUGGUUUAAUACAAAAUACAUGGAGCUUGUUUUUCUCUCCCAAGUAGUGUAAGCUCCAAUAUUAACUUCACAAGCACAGCUCUUCAAAAGCAGACUCUGAGGAGCCUUGUGCUUAAGCAGAAAGCUCUGCAUCACGUUACUGCGGACAGGCUGGAGGAAACAGAACAGCCAAGCAUUGUCUUUUAUCAUUUCUUGAAAUGCGAGCAUGCGUACCUGUGCGGAGACCAGCAGCCACUUGUAAACAAAUGUUCUGUGCCGUCUAAUGGCACCCUUGCCAUUGACACCAUCUAGCACCUGGGUUUUCAGGUUAUGUGACAAAGGCAGCUUAGACAGGGAUGGGGCAGGGGUGUGUUACCUUCUUUUUCGAAGCAGAUCCAUGCCAGGGAACACAGUUCUUUUCCUAGGGGUUUUCUUUACACCUGACUGUGAUGUCUUGGUCGCUGCUUAGAACAGUUUGGUCCGAAGGUCGUCAGGAAUCUGCUUGCAUCUUGUUCUGUGUCCUCUGUGACAGACUGCGACUGACUAUGUGAAAAAAGAAAGGUUUUUGAAUCAAGAGGAUCAACAUUAGGUCUGGUGAGUGAGUUGGGUGGCACAGAGAAACAGGACAGGACGCGCUCCGUGCGGCAUCUGGCUGUGUAACUGCACGUCAUCUUCCAUUGUGCUCUUCCUUAAGCGAAUAUAGACCCGAAAGUGCACUUUUGAAGUUUGCUUUAGAUGGUGGGAUUCAGAAUCUACAGUGAUCACGUACGAGUGGCCAUGCUUCUCCAAAACUGAAGAAAAAGGAGGAGAUUCUACCUUAAGACAGUAUGGGGAGCAUUAGCUUUCUUCCCACACGGGGACGGGCGUGUCGUAGGAAACCCGUGGUGCACGUUUCAUACUGAUCUCUUUGCCCACUGACGUCUGCCAUGUAAGAGUAAUCAGAUUCCUGGGCGGGGAGGGGAAAUCUAUGAAAUCCAAGAUAAAGGCGUAGUCUUUUAGCUCUGUUGGUGUUUGAAGUAUGUUUAUAUCCAAAUGUUAUAAACACAAAUGUACAAUCCUCAGUACCAACUUUUCUCACUUCGAAAUGUUUUCAAGGGAAAUUCACCAAGCACCCAAGUAUAUCUCAUUAGUGAAAAGUUCCAUAAAGACUUUUAACUUUGAAUAAACACAUUAAGUGUGUCAAAAUAUUUGGAAUGCCAGUCAUCUAUGAGAGCAUAGCUCUUACAGAGCAAAUUUUGUUUUAAUUAAGGUAUCUCUGUGUAUCUCCACCUGACUAAUUGCGUGUGGGUCUGAUUCUAUGUGAUCCACUGUAGAAAGCUAUUGAUUACGUCCGCAGUAAACAGCAGCUCUAAUUAGCUUCAGAUGACCAAAGAGGAAAUCAGAGUUUUUAGUGCUAACAAGGGCAGCCUUCACUGAAGGAGGCAUGGACAUGCAACACGUAAAUUAAAUUCUGAAAAGCCUCAUCUAUCACCAACAAAGAUCUCAUUUUUCUUUAGCGAUAAAAGCAUAUUUCAGUUACCAAAUCCUCAAUUUGAAAAUACGUUGCUGACUAAAUAAACAAGAGGAAGCAUCUUGUUCGAGGACAUGCAGUUAGAGAGAUUCUUACAAAAGCAAGCCGAGCAAGAUUUCUGCCAUUCAGUGUGAUCUCUGUUUAACACAGUGACCCCGAAACACCAGCAUUUGCCCCAGGACUGGCGCAGGCAAAUGACUGAAAUCUUUUACCCCUCUCACUUCCUCUUGGAGUGCUUAAAAGCAAAAAUGGUUUACUACUUCCUGUCCUUUAUCGGGACAUUUCGGGUGCCACUGGGUAGAGGGGCUGUCUGCUGAGGUUUGGGCCUCUUGUAGGAAGUAGCUCACUAUAGUUGAUUUUGACAAAAAAAAACCAUAACUAAAAAAAAACCAUAACUGACGUCCAUACAGACCGUGACUCCCAGAUCAAGCAAGUCUAGCCAUGCCCUACUUAUUUUAGAGAGAAAGAAAAAAAAGGCAUUACUGCCAGACUGAUUAGAAGCACAUCAUUCCACUUUGAUGUUGAAUAUCUUUGACUAAUGUAUGUUUGAGUAUCUUUUUAAUAGAGCACAUGAAGGAAGAAGUGCACAAUAUAGAGAGGGAAUUCAGAAUGCCGACUGAAUAUUUUUCCAUACCUGAUUUGUUUCAAACCUCUAACAGAAAAAGUAUAAGUUGAGAAUUACAUAGAUUAUUUUUCAUGAAGUAUAGCAGACUGUAUCCAGAAUGUGAUAAGAGUGUGGUUUCCAUUUAAUUUUUUUUUUUUUAACAAUUCUUUAUCCUGUAGUAAAAAGUGAUGUCUUAGAAGCUGUGUCUUUUGAGUUCGUCAAGUACAGGACGGGGCUUCUCCAGAGCUGCCAUAGCCUUGGCUGUGGUCUGUGUUGAGAAUGUUCCUAUCUUGCAUUCGUGCUUCGAGAAGGGGCCACUUCCAUCUGCCUCCCAUUCCCACAUGCCUCCUCGCCUCCAAAUCAGACACUCCCAAGCACUCCAUCUGCUGCACUGGGGAAGCGGGAGAGCGAAAGCAUUUCUGAGUCAGUGUAAAGUGCCCGGGAAAAAGAGAUGUAAGAGCAGUGGGAGUUUAUAUAAUUAGCAAAUUCUUUUCUUAGAAUCCAGCAUAAAUGCAUUUCUGUUGUUAUUAUUUACAAAACAGUGCCCUCAGAGGAGCUGUCUUUUGGAAAAUAAGUUUUCAUUCAUGUAGUUAGACAUGCACGACUUAUUUGAAUCAAUAAACCGUGGGCCAGAAGAGGGCUGCUUGACUGGAUUCACAUUUUCUAAUUCUCUUUCGAGGCUGUUCUUGAUCUCCUGGAUUCAUGCUCUGUGAUCUUUGCUGCUCUUGCCUCCGCUCUUUGAUAAAGCAAAUGAGACUAUGUGAGACCCAUCUUCCCAAGAAAGACCUAAAAGCAACAACCAAAAAUGAAUUACCACUGCCCUGGGCACAGUGACAGCAGUAAGGCCCUUCUGAGCUGGGAGAGUUUGGAGAAAUGAGGUAAAAUCAAGGUGCAUCGAGGUGCACCCAAGGCCACAUGUCCUGUUCCUUGCUGAUGUUCCUUGCUGGUCAGAAUAGGAACCUCCAGCAAAACAGCCAGAGUUCCCUAAAUUAGGCAACAGUUCCUUCACAGGAAGGAAGGCAGAGCUAAUAUCUGGAUGACAGAGGAAGACAUUUCUAUUCUUUGAAAUUCUAAAAUAAAACAGCUGGGGAUUUGGUUGGAUGCCCUUAAAAGCUACGUUUUUCUCUCAUCCCUGUGAUAGACAUCUCAUGUGUUUAUCUGACACCUCUUGAUUUUGACGCAGCUUUGCUUCUCAACUGACCAUUUGUUUUAAGUCUAUUGUCUAGAAUUCUUCCUGAGGACUGUACCUCUGAAAAAUAAUCUCACUGCAGAGGCCCUAAAUCUGUGGUUUUUGCCACUGCCUCCAUCCCGGGGUGUAUUCUGUAGGGCAUUUCAUUUCACAAGGGCAGUUGUCUUAAGACAUUGGCUGAUUCCAUUCUCUUCUGUGUUGAUUAUCGAUGCCUCGAGCUCCACCUUAUUCUUUAUUGCCUAAGUAUUAAACAGGGUCCUUGUCCAACAAUUCUUCAUCCUAAUCGCUCUAUAUUUAGUUCUACUCAAAUUAAUUCUUGUGCUAUCAGACGGCCGUUCUUCUUCUUGUUGCUUUUAAGACAGAGAAGCCUCUCUUAGGAGCCAGGCCAUCUGAAGGUGACCCAAGCCUCUUCUGAGCUCCUCUUCUUAGCUCUAGGAUUGUUUUAGCCUCACCAGGAAUCCUUUUGCUGCUCCCUCGUUCUCUGAUGAGCUUCUCUUGCCUCCCAGAGACAAGGCAGCAUGCUUAUUCGGUGGGAUACACCACCUGCACGUCUGAUUGUUCUGAGACCCAGCCCAGAGGGGUGGGGAAGGCACACAAACCCUGUUUCAAUAAACUGCCUGCAGAGAACCGCAGCCUGCUAAUUGUCAUCGAGGCCUCAGCCCCCUAAGGUCUCCAAGCUCAUUUGACCAACGCAGCUGCGACUUCGGCUGUCUGCCUCUGGCAGGUGCCAAUAUCAGCAUCUUGUCCCACUGCCAUGGGGAGUUUAUUUUUGCUCAAGGGCAGCUGCCAAGCCCAGCACCAGCAUCAAGAGAAGGUUUGCUCUGAUUUUCUUCUCUGCGUCUUGGGCCGGGCUUUCUUACCGAUCCCCAUUUUUGUUUUGUGGAGAGUGCCAGAAGACUGGCCAGCGCUUUAGCUUCUUCCAUAGUUUUGACAUCUCUUCCUGCUCACCCAGCCUUCCCUGGCAGAAGGCACGACCCAUCAUUGGUACUUAGAAAACGCUGGUUUAUCCACUGAUAAAGUGCACGUGUGCUCUCUCUCUCGCUCUCUCUUCUCUCUCUCUCCUCUCUCUCUUCUCUCUUCUCUCUCUCUCUUCUCUCUCUUCU